AUGUUUGCUGUUUCGUUUGUACCUCGUACCACACCGUGCCGUUUGAGCUCUGCGUUUCUCUGCCACCUCUCGAUUCCUGUCGCACUUCGGCUCCACCAUCACUACCAGCAGCCACACCUUGCAUCUCUCUCUUGUCAGAUUCGUUCGUUAAGGAAGCAGAUCGACAUGGCAGCUCGAGGUGACUAUGGAGCGGUGAAGCAAAAAGUAGGAGGAGAUUCGUACGAAGAAGCGUUGGCUGCUUUGUCUUCUUUGAUCACGAAGCGAAGUCGUGCUGAUAAGAGCAACAAAGGGGAUCGGUUCGAGCUAGUCUUUGAUUAUCUUAAGCUUCUUGACCUGGAAGAAGACAUUUCUAAGAUGAAAGUUAUCCAUGUCGCUGGAACCAAAGGCAAGGGAUCCACAUGUGCCUUUACUGAGUCUAUUUUACGAAAUUAUGGCUUCCGAACUGGACUCUUCACUUCCCCUCACCUCAUUGAUGUCCGGGAAAGAUUUCGCUUAGACGGUGUGGACAUAAGUGAGGAGAAAUUUUUGGGUUAUUUCUGGUGGUGUUAUAACAGGCUUAAGGAGAGAACUAACGAGGAGAUACCAAUGCCUACAUAUUUCCGCUUCCUUGCGUUGCUAGCUUUUAAAAUAUUUGCUGCAGAAGAGGUAGAUGCUGCUAUAUUGGAGGUAGGAUUAGGUGGGAAGUUUGAUGCCACCAACGCGGUUCAGAAACCUGUGGUAUGUGGUAUUUCUUCUCUUGGAUAUGACCACAUGGAAAUUCUAGGUGAUACACUUGGCAAAAUUGCUGGUGAGAAGGCUGGAAUUUUCAAGCUUGGAGUUCCAGCUUUCACAGUGCCCCAACCUGAUGAAGCCAUGCGUGUCCUUGAAGAGAAAGCUUCCGAAUUAGAUGUGAAUCUCGAAGUGGUGCAACCACUAACUGCGAGGCAGUUAAGCGGUCAGAAACUUGGGCUUGAUGGGGAGCACCAAUAUCUCAAUGCUCGUCUAGCAGUUUCGCUUGCCUCUACCUGGCUUCAGCAAAUUGGUAAACUUGAAGUUCCCAGUCUGACUCAGACGAGUAUUCUGCCUGAGCAAUUUAUCAAAGGUUUGGCUACAGCGAGUUUACAAGGACGAGCACAGGUUGUCCCUGAUCAGUUUAUCGAAUCUCAGACUUCAGGAGAUCUAGUGUUUUAUCUGGAUGGAGCUCACAGUCCAGAAAGCAUGGAAGCAUGCGCCAAAUGGUUUUCGUUUGCGGUUAAGGGAGACAACCAGUCAGAGAGUUCAGAACAUUUGGUUAAUGGCUCCUCAGGAUCCUCCUCACAUGAUCAAUUCUCAGGAGAAGAAAGCUGCCAACAGAUAUUACUGUUCAAUUGCAUGUCAGUUCGGGACCCAGAUCUGCUGCUUCCACAUCUAAGGAAUACAUGCGCAAACUAUGGUGUACAUUUCAAGAAGGCAUUGUUUGUACCAAACAUGUCGGUGUAUCACAAGGUUGGUACAGCGGCUGAUUUGCCAGAGAAUGAUCCACAGGUUGACUUGUCAUGGCAGUUCACACUCCAGAAAGUGUGGGAAGGCCUUGUCCACAGUGAAGGAGGUGAAGGAGAAGAAGAUAGAGGAAAAGAUGGUGAAAGAAGUGGGAACAGUGAGGUGUUUACUUCACUACCGAUGGCGAUAAAAUGGCUAAGGGAUAGUGUACAUGAGAGUAGCUCAGCCACACGUUUCCAGGUUCUUGUAACUGGUUCGUUACAUCUUGUGGGCGAUGUGCUGAGAUUAAUCAGAAAAUGA